AUGGCUCCAUCCUUCAGUGUUAAACUAAAGAUAUACGAUUUAUCCAGAGGAAUGGUAAAAAUGUGGUCUCCCCUUUUGAUUGGAAAGCAAAUAAACGGAGUAUGGCAUACGGCUGUUUGGGUUUAUGACAUGGAGUAUUUCUAUGGUGGAGGAAUCAUGUGCCUUGCCCCAAACGAAUUUGAGUCAUACUACGACAUCAAGCCCGUAGACAUCGUUGAUAUGGGAAUAACGGAACUUCAUCAAUCAUAUUUUCACGAAUAUUUAAAUGGAAUUCAACCAAAUUUUACGGUAGAUAAAUACAAUUUAGUUAACUGGAACUGUAACAAUUUUACAAAUGAAAUUUGUAAUUUCUUGGUUGGAAAAAAUAUACCACAAUAUAUUUUAGAUACUCCGAAGGAAGUUAUGUCAACUAGUAAGGGUAAAUUAAUUUUAGAUAUGAUGCAAUCAUAUCAAACAUCCAUUGCCCCAGGGUUUGAAACAAGCGCAACAUUAUUAAACAAUCCCAACAGUAAUGACAAAAGUAGUUCAAAUAACAAUAGUGGAAAUAAUAAGGAAGUGGAAAUUAAGGAACUGCCCAAAUUACCAAGUGUUUCAUUAGAUAACUUUUUUGAUGAAAAUAAAAUAGAAAAAUUAUUAGAUGAAUAUAUAAAGAAUGAGAAAUACAAUUUGAAUGAAAAAAAGCAUUUUUUGAAUAUUUUAAAGACAUUUUUUGAUAACGUAAUUACUAAUCCAAAUAUAUUAAAAAACAGAUAUAUACAUAUUAAAAGUUACCAGAUAUUUAAUGAUAUAACAAACAAUAUAGAAUAUAAUAAAAUUUUAUCCUCUUUCGGCAUUUUUAAAGGAUAUGUAGAAAACGAUGAAAUAAAUAACCUACAAAAUUUCACCAUUUUUGUAGACCCCCAAUAUAAUAAAAUGCAUGUCCUUUCAGGGCACUUAAAUUUAUUCAUAAAUAAAAACAUUUUUUUAAAGAAUGAAGAUAAAACCAUUUUCAAAAUGGAAAAUUUGAAAUUUAAAGAUAUAUCAGAAUACACUUCUUAUCUCGAUAAAAAAAAAAGCAAUACAAAUGAUGUACUUAUUUUUGUAUCCGAAAUCUUUGUAAUCAAUAAUUUAGAUACCACCAAUGAUCAAAAUGACCUUAAUUAUUUCAAUACUAUAAAAAACGGAAUAUGCUCAGACACACAGAUAGAAAACAAAUUUUUAUAUAGCACAUUGGACCUUUUGAAGGAACGUAUAAAUAUUUUAACAUCAUCGGAAUGA